AUGGUUUCCGUGACUCAGUUCGCCCUGGCGGCGCUCGCUCUUGGUACUCCUGCCAGUGCCCGUCGUCACCGCCAUCACCAUGACCACGGUCAUGGUUGGUAUACAUCCGUUGCUUCAAAUUCUGCUCCUGCGUCUGCCACCUUCUUGCCGACCACCACUCCUUUGACGGAAACCUCCAAGGCGAUCGUCACCAUCAUCACUUCCAAGAUCACGCCCAGUUAUGGCAGUGACAUUGGCACGGUAACAACAACGACUGAGGCCGAGGUAACGUCGUCUGUAAUUAAGACAACUUCGACUACGACUAAGGCGACGUCGACUGAGGCAAGCGCCUCGGCUACGAGUGCCAGCGGCGGCAUCGAAUCCGACUUCAAGCCCGGCGUCAAGUGGGAUAUCUGCAUCGACCACCCCAUCAAGCACGACAGCGUCGACGACUUCGUCCCAGUCGCGGCCAAGGUCUGGGACAUUGACCUUGGACACGCUCACGAGUUCCCCGACAUGAUUCCCAUGAUGAAGAAAGCAGGGAAGUUCGUGAUUUGUUACUUCAACGCUGGUGCUGUCCAAUCCUGGGACGAGGACAAGGCCCAAUUCCCCGAUGACAUCGUCGGAAAAGCUCUGGACUACCCCUACGGCGUUGACGAGUUUUAUGUCGAUAUCCGAGACGAACGCGUGCUUGAUGUCAUGAAGGCACGACUAGACUCAGCCGUCGUUGUCGGUUGUGACGCUGUCGACCCUGACAACGUCGAUGCUUGGGUACAAGACGGCGACGAUCCCACAGGCUUCAGCCUCAAGGCUUCCGACUACGCCGCGUACCUCAAGAACAUGGCCGAGUAUGCCCACUCAUUGACGACGCAGGAGGGCAAGUCUCUCCUGGUCGGCCAGAAGAACGCCCCAGAAAUCGCAGCAGACCUGGUCUCGACCCUUGACUUUGCCGUCCUUGAGCAGUGCCGUGGCAGCAGCGACGAGAGCGACGAGACUUACUCAUUCUGCUCCGACUUUCAGGCUUACAUCGACGCCGAUAAACCCGUGCUCCAGAUCGAGUAUCCCCCCUCAGUUAGCUUGUCCGACGGCACCCUGAGCGCCUCUGACAAGAGUUUCUACUGCAACGCCGAGCCCGGCGAUAAAAACUUCAGCAAAGUCCUCAAGUGGGCAUCUGCUCAGCUUGACGGCUGGGGCGAGUACUGCAAUGGUAAAUCCUACCGUACUCCUGAGGCUGAGUACGAGUAA